UAAUCUCCAGCCGCCGCCGCCGCCUCGAGCCAUCCAUGGAGGCGAGGAAGACAAUGCACGGCUGAGCGGAGGAGGAGGGAGAGGCAGGAGCGAGGCAGAGCGUGGCCGCAGCAGCUGCUCUGGAGCGCGCUCUCCCCAUCUCCGCCAGGAUUUGAGAGAUUGACAGGGAUCAGCUGCUGCCACCAGCUACAGGAUGUACUGGACAAGACACCAGAAGUGAUUGGGAAGGUGUGGGCCCUGGAAUGGGAAAGAGACAGACAUUAAGAGGCAAUUACACAAUAGUUCCGGCUGGGGACUGUGUGGAAGGAUGGCUGCUGCGGAACCCCUGACUGCCUUCUCACGGUGGUACCUCUAUGCCAUUCAUGGCUAUUUCUGUGAGGUGAUGUUUACGGCUGCCUGGGAGUUUGUGGUCAACUUUAACUGGAAGUUCCCAGGUGUCACCAGUGUCUGGGCGCUCUUCAUCUAUGGGACCUCCAUCCUCAUCGUGGAGAAGAUGUACCUGUAUCUGAAAGACAAGUGUAACAUUUUAGUGCGAUGCCUCAUUUAUACCCUCUGGACAUACCUUUGGGAGUUCACCACUGGCUUCAUCCUGCGCCAGUUUAACGCCUGCCCUUGGGACUAUUCACAGUUUGAUUUUGACUUCAUGGGCCUCAUCACCCUAGAGUAUGCCAUCCCAUGGUUCUGUGCUGCGUUCAUCAUGGAGCAGCUGGUUAUCAGGAACACCUUGCGCUUGCGAUUUGAUGAAAAUGCUGAGCCAGGGGACCCCACCGCCACAAUCGCCUUGGCCAACGGCCAUGUCAAAACCAAUUGAACAAUAACCCAAUGCCACACUUAAAGUGAGAGAGCCCACCCACAUCCCAGACUGGUCUCAAAGACUGAUACAUCCUGUACGAUACACAAUCCCCUUUAUGAUGGGGGCAUGCAUGGGAUAUAGCAGAAUAAAAAUGGAACCAAUAGAUUUUCUAUGGAUUUUAUGUUUUUGGCCACAAGAAGCAGUGUCAGCUACUUGUUGGUUAGGUAGUUUCUGACUUCUAAAUUAUUAUGGGGGAAAAAAAGUCCUGUUAGCUGCAUUUUACUGGAUGUGGAGAAAUGAGAGAAAAUGCUACAGUUGAAAUGUAUACAAAAAACAAACUAGUGGAUGGGCAUAGACGCCCCGGCUAAAUUAGUGAUUUGGCUUAUUCCAUUAGGCAAUAUUCAGGUGCUUGCUUGCAACCAAUACCUCCCAUGGGACCUGAGAUGCUGCAGGAUCAAGGAAAAUCCAUCUGCUGUUGAGAACGACCCAACAGUGGUGCUCUACUGGGAAGGUAGACAGCGCCCCCUCUUGUGGUCUCCCUGACCUU